AUGGCGCUCAUCAUCUUUGCUAGCAUAUACCCGCUCAUGGGAGCGGAAGUUAAUCUUCGAUUUGCCGUUAAGUUUAAAAUAGAGCCUAGCCUAGUGCGCACACCUAGGUGUGCGCACUAUAUUGUCAUAGAGUUGAGAAGACAGGAAAAAGGAAAAUCUUAUUUACGCCACAAAAUGGCCAAUUUCGAUCCCAAUAUGCUGAAUAGUGCCAAUACGGGACUAAUGCGUACCUUGAUGGUAGUGAGCAAUUUAUCCAUUGCUUCUCUUGUACUUUCUUCCGUUCUUCUGGUUGUUGGAAUAAUGGGAUUGUUUGUUCCAUAUGUCACCAUCUUCGCGAUUGGCUUGCUCGCCGCCUUGAAUUGCUAUUGGGUAACCGUUCCGAUAUUAAUCACCAGUAUCUUGGGCAUCUGCGGAUACAGGAAAGGCCAAUAUCGUCAUAAUGUGGCUAUAGCACAUCUCGUCUUUUCGAUCAUCAGUGCAAUUACCACUGUUGGAGGGCUGGUUUUUACAAUCAUAACAUUGGCUGUAAUGACUGUUUCAAUCGCCAAUCAAGUUCAAAAUGGCCAAACUAUUGGUCAGGUUGCUCAAGCGCCUACAGUAAUAGCUUAUGUUGGUACUAGCAUCACCGUUGCGAUUUACAUUUUCUUCUUUUACUAUUGCAUACAUGGUGCGGUUAUAUUUCGCAAAGUGCCAAGGAAAGCUUUUAUCAGUAAUGCUACCAAUCUUUCAACCAUGCCGGUACCUUUGCAACAAGAUGCUGUAGUAACUGGAUACGUCGGAAAUCCAGCGACAGUGUCUACAGCCAAUUACAAUUACCAACCCGAUUAUAGUAAUUACUAUCAACCUAGUAGUAAUAUUCAGAAAGUGUAA